AUGAAGCGCCGCGGCGGGCGUGUCGUGAGCUCCACGAGCACUGUGGUGGGCGCGUCAAGUGCUGCUGUUACUCCGGAAGCGCUAGGUCUUUCAGCUGCUGUCAAUGGCCAUGAUGCGUCUGUCUCCGCCGCCGCCGCCGCUGCUGCUGCUGCGUCGUUGUCACCAUCUGUGACGUCACCGACGACACCACUUGGGCGAGGUGCACCGCUGGGUUCGGGUAAUCCUCUCGCUAACUCGAGCGCCACGGUGAUGGAUGUGCCGACGCUGGACAUAUUCGCGCGCUUCCAAAGCAAGCGGGGCGACUUUGAUGAGGACUGGCUCCUGCUCCAGGAGGAUCCCGCCGCGAGGGAUGAGGUGCCUCGGAUUGCCGCACACGUCGCGGACAAGCUUCGCCGUCACCAGGCGCAGCUUGGCGCCCACCGUGCCGCUGCUGCAGCGGAUCGAAUUCGGCAGGACAAAGACCGAGUGGUGCAAGCGCGUGUUGCGGCGAAGACGGUGAGUUCCGUCAGCGGCGACGGCCUCGACACCGUUGCGACGGAAGGUCCACGGCAGGCACGCCGUCAGCGGCGUCCCGAAACCUAUGAUUCUGCCGAGGACAGCGGCAGCGACGGCGCAGGCGCCGACGCGGACAUUGGUACUGUGGCCCCUGACGACUACGGCGGUGAUAGCGACGAGUACGUGCCUGAGGAUCGCACGGCCUCGCAGUACAAGCGACCAAACAGCGCAAAGAAGGCGGCCGCCAAGGAUGAGGGCUCUGCGGGCGUGGCUCUCAGCGGCGGCUCCCCGUCUAUGAGUACGCCUGUGGGGCGCGCUGUUGCUGCUGCUGCUGGUGCCGGUGCUGAGGCCGCUUCUGUGAACCCACUCUCACCCUUAUCUGAGGACGAGGAGCAGCUGGAUACGGAGGCCCAGGACGAAGGCCUUACGGGCGACUACCUGAACUUCCGCCUGACUUCCGCGACGGGAAGUAGGGCGCUCGACGUCGAUGCACUGCAGGCGACCGUGCAUCUGCAGCCGUCUGCCUCUCGCGGCGAGAAAGGCAGCGUGAGGGACCGCAGAUCCUCUCACAGCCAGGAGCCGCGGCGUAAGACACCACUAUCGCCGCAGCAGGCGGAGCAAGAUCGUGUGUUGGUGGUGCCGCUGUGGAGCAUCGCGCGGAUGGAGCAGCACGGCGGCUACUGUAGCGCCAGCCCCCUCAUCGCCCUCCACCAGGAGGUCACGGACCUCGUCGACUACCUUCGCCCGACAGAGGCGGAGGUGACGAUGCGGCGCUACAUUGAGAAGGAUAUUGGCCGGCUGGUCGAUCGGCUGUGGCCUGGCAGCUCGGUGCUCGUCUAUGGCAGCAUGUACACCCACCUGCUACUGCCGCUGUCGGACCUUGACAUCACCCUGUUGGAUGUGCCGGUGCCGGCGGAGGAGGCGCUCACCAGCUUGGCAAAGGAAAUCAGCAGCGCGGGCCUGUGCGAGAACGUCUAUCCGCAGGUGAUUCUCAAGACGAAGGUGCCGCUCAUUAAGUUCAUCCACAAGGGCUCGCUCAUUGACGUCGACAUCAGUGUUGGCGCCGUGGACGGCAAGCGCAACUCGGAGUGCAUCGUGCAGUACAUGAACAUGUACCCAGAGGCACUGCCGCUUACCUUGGUCGUGAAGUACUUCGUCACGCAGCGCGGCAUGCACGAGCCGUACUACGGAGGCCUUGGCAGCUACGCCGCCACGCUGCUCGUCGUCGCCUUCCUGCGGCAGCACCCCAUCUACACAACGCAGCCGGAGAAGCGGACCAUGACGGGGCUUGGCAAACUCCUGGUCGACUUUUUUCGUACGUGCGGUCAGCAUUGGAACUACCGAAGGGUAGCCGUGUGCCUGGCGAACUACGCCGUGCCGAGCAGCAGCGAUGACGCGAUGCCCGCGGACGUCCACGGCGAAGGCGACUUCCGCAUUCGUGCCGACUGUGGCAGUCGGAUGCAGUCACCGGUGUUGGCCAGUCCCCCGCGUGGUCCGAUGGGGCCCGCGCAGGUGUGGAUAGAGGACCCGGUCGAUGCCUCUAACAACGCCGCCAGUUCACUGCGGUUUUUCCAUUCUCUCUCCGCCAUGUUUUCAUACGCCUAUCUUGCCCUGACGGCCGACUUCGACAGAGCCGCGGCGGACGCGUCGCAGCCGUCGUCGCCUGCGCCGCCAUCGUCUCCGUCAUCGCCGUCCUCGAAUGACAUCAGUCGCCGCCCGACGCUGCUCUCGCGCAUCUUCCAUGCUGAUGCGGAGAUGGUGUACCGUCGGCGGGCCGUGGCCGCGACGUACAAGCGGCUGAACGCCGAGAUGCCGGAGUACAUGAAGGAGGUUCAAGACUUCCGGCGCGAUGAGGACGCGGCGAUGCUGCGGCUCAACUGUGAAAGUGUAGCGCACAGCUGGCGCGCGCGACGGCUACUGCGGCGCGACGGCGAUGCCUUCGUGUUCCCACAGCAGCGGAACGUCACGUCACUGGAGGAGCGCUUAGCACUUUCCCACCUGCGAGGGUCGUCCUCGCCACCUCCGACACCGGCGUCGGAGGUGGGCAUAGCGAAGCGCCAGCGCGAGGCCGAGGAUGCGGGUAGUCAGAGAAAGGCGCAGAGAAACCGCCGAGAGGGCUCUGCGUUGCCCUCUCGCAGCAGCUCGCGGUCGUCGUCGCCCUCCACCGGCUCAGAGAGCAACGCCAGCUCGGUGCGCGUAGAUGUGACGAGAAGGACGGAGCGGAGUCGAAAGCUGCGACGGUAG